AUGUAUCUAUGUAUGUUCAUCCCUUAUCUAUCUAUCUAUCUAUCUAUCUAUCUAUCUAUCUAUCUAUCUAUCUAUCUAUCUAUUGUUGAUUCGGAUAUUCUCAAUCUAUCUAUGUAUGCAUCUAUGUUCAUCACUUAUCUAUCUAUCUAUCUAUCAUUCUUAGUCUUCUGUCCACAUCUAUCUAUCUAUCUAUCUAUCUAUCUAUCUAUCUAUCUAUCAUUCUUAGUCUGUCCCAUCAUCUAUCUAUCUAUCUAUCUAUCUAUCUAUCUAUCUAUAAUCUUAUCUGUCCACAUCUAUCUAUCUAUCUAUCUAUCUAUCUAUAAUUCUAUCAUUCUGUCUGUCCAUCUAUCUAUCUAUCUAUCUAUCUAUCUAUCUAUAUCUAUCUAUCAUUCUUAUAAUUCUCUCUUGAUUUCCAAGAUAUGUCUAUCUAUCUAUCUAUCUAUCUAUCUAUCUAUCUGUCUGUAUAUAGAUAUAGAAAGUAACCAUGCAAUUACCUAA